CGCUGCUAAAAACAGCCCCUGCUCCCUUCGGCCCCGCGUUUGAACAAUGUCCUCCAGCCACAGCAACCCAGAGAGCCUCUGAUCGCAGUGCAGCCUUGGACUUAUUUCAAGGGAAAUUAACCUGGAAACCCCUCCGUGAGGCUGUAAUCCUAAGCGUAUGCCCCUGGGAAAGGUAGGGAUGAGCACCGCCCUGAACUACAAGUCCUUCUCCAAAGAGCAGGAAACCAUGGAUAACCUGGAGAAACAGCUGAUUUGCCCCAUCUGCUUGGAGAUGUUCACCAAGCCUGUGGUCAUCCUGCCCUGCCAGCACAACCUCUGUCGGAAGUGCGCCAGCGACAUCUUCCAGGCCUCCAACCCCUACCUGCCGACCAGAGGAGGCACAACUGUGGCGUCGGGAGGCCGCUUCCGCUGUCCGUCAUGCAGGCACGAGGUGGUCCUUGACCGGCAUGGUGUCUACGGGCUGCAGAGGAACCUGCUGGUGGAGAACAUCAUCGACAUCUACAAGCAGGAGUCCACAAGACCUGAAAGGAAGUGUGACCAGCCAAUGUGCGAAGAGCAUGAAGAUGAGAGAAUUAAUAUCUAUUGUUUGAACUGUGAAAUACCCACCUGCUCCUUGUGCAAAGUCUUUGGUGCCCACAAAGACUGUGAAGUUGCUCCUCUCACAAAUGUUUAUCAGCAACAGAAGUCUGAGCUGAGUGAUGGCAUUGCAGUCCUUGUGGGGAGCAAUGACAGAAUGCAAGGGAUAGUCACGCAGCUGGAGGAGACCUGCAAGACAGUUGAGGAAUGCUGCAGACGACAGAAAGAGCAGCUGUGUGAAAAAUUUGAUUAUCUCUAUUCUGUACUGGAAGAAAGAAAAAAUGAGAUGACACAAAUAAUCACUAGAACCCAAGAGCAGAAACUGGAACAUGUCCGCUCCCUGAUGAAGAAGUAUGCAGAUCAUUUGGAAGCUGUGUCAAAGCUGGUUGAAUCAGGAAUCCAGUUCAUGGAAGAACCAGAAAUGGCUGUAUUUUUGCAGAAUGCCAAAACAUUGCUACAAAAAAUUACUGAAGCAUCUAAAGGAUUUCAGAUGGAAAAAAUAGAGGAUGGAUAUGAAAAUAUGAACCAAUUCACAGUGAACCUCAGUAGAGAAGAAAAGAUAAUACGAGAAAUUGAUUUUGACAGAGAGGAGGAGGGAGAAGAGGAAGAGGAGGAGACGGUGGAUGGUGAAGAGUUGGAUGAAGUACACACAGAGUCAUCAGGAGGGGAGGAGGUGGAGGAAGAGGUGGAGGAGGAAGGGGCUGAGACAGCACCACAGCCACCUCAGCAGGACCCAGAACCACAGAACACAGCAGGAGAGCCCCCAGCCGAGCCCGCUGCAGUGCCACUGCCUGCCACCCCAGCUGGUCAGGAUGAGGUUGUGACAGCCAGUGGUUCUCAACAGACCCCAGAGUCUGACACUCAAGUGCCGGCCACAGCAGAAGUCACCGAUCCUUUGUUUUACCCUAGCUGGUAUAAAGCUCAGUCACGGCAACCAAGCAGUCCGAGCUCAACCCCAGUGAGUGGGCUGGGGACAGUAGGGCCUCCUGUUUCUCUGGAAACAAGUGCAAAGAAGGCAGAAGCCCCAGCAACAGCAGCGAUCGAGGAGAGUGCACCGGGGAGUGGUAAGGAAAGUAAUUCCACUGCAGUGAUGUCCAAGGAGUUAGCAUUCUGCAUAUCACUUUUGGCAUUUCUUAUCAUACUACAUCAUCUUUGGAAUCUGAUUCAAUACAUGAUUUGUACUUUCAUGGACUGGUUCUGAACUGUCCCCUCAAGGACAAGUGGAGGAAACUCCCGUGAGCAACGAGAGGGAUGACGAGCCGGCUCGUCAUAUCUUCUCCUUCUCCUGGCUGAACUCACUGACUGAAUGAUGACUCACUCCAGUUGGCUUCUGGUGUGCUUCUCCUCAGAAGGACCAUGAGCGCCCGCAGCCUGGCUGCAGUCAGCAAAGAAACUGCCCUGGAAAGGGACAUCCAAGAGGGUUUUGUUCCCAGGAACUCAGUUGGCCUCCACAUUGUACCCAGCCCUUGAGAUGACAGUCCUGAGAGAGAUUGGGACAUGGAGACAAAUUACUAUGCUGUAUUGUACUCAGAGUGUUUUUCAAUAAUUUCUUGUUUCAAAGGGGAAAACAGCAUCACUUCAGCUGUAGGCUGAGCACUGCUAGUGUUUUGUUACUCACUUUUUGGCACAUCCCUGUGUAGGUGUAAAUGCUUCACCACUGUUAGCUAAAAUGCUGGUAUGAGAUUCACUAGUAGCAUCCUUUACCAAAACAGUGUUUCUCCUCAGUACCCUCCUGCAUCCCCACUCUUCGGUGCUGUGGUGACUUCAGUGACACUAUCACACCCUCAGCAGCCCCAAGCCAGGGUUGUGUCUGAGCUCAUCCCUGCAGCCGCUUGUAUUCCCACAGCACUGGUGCCUCCCUGGCCGUGGAGGCUGAACACAGAGAAGCUGCCAUUCCUCCCUUCCUGCUUGCUCUUCCCACUGAGCCACCACAGAUGACCCUCCCAUAGAGGUUAUUUGUAGGGAAGGUGCCCAGCGGCAGGGAUGAGGGAGAUGCACAUGCUGAAAGCACUGGCCAAGCCCCUGCACAUGAUUGCAGAACACAGCUCUGAGCACGUAGGGCAGAUGCUAGAGUGCUGCCCACAUCUGUCCAGCCAUAAUGUGUCUGCAUUUUCUCAGUCAUCCGUGUGUGUCAGAAAACAGACAUGUUCUUGCACAAAACCAGAACAGGAUGAGGUCGUCACAGGUUUAAUUCGAAGGCCCCAUGGUGAGAUGUAAAACAAGGUAAAUGCGAAAUGUCCUGUUCUGUGUGCAUGGAAGGUGCUGAGCUGCCUAAUGAAAUCAAAUUCAUGU